ACGUCCAACAGGCGGAGCUGAGAGCUGGGAGGCCGGCUGCCGAGGCGCCACAUCCGGCGGCUGCCCGGUGCUGCAUAAAGCCGCCGCCGCCGCACUUGCCUUGCAGCAGCAGUUCUGGGCUCUUCUCGGUUGCAGGAGCGGCUGCUCCAAUGCCCCAGAGCGGCCAUGAGCUCCCCGCACUGGUGGGACCAGCUGCGGGCUGGCAGCUCGGAGGUGGACUGGUGCGAGGACAACUACACCAUCGUGCCUGCCAUCGCCGAGUUCUACAACACGAUCAGCAACGUCUUGUUUUUCGUUUUACCGCCCAUCUGCAUGUGCUUGUUUCGUCAGUAUGCGACAUGCUUCAACAGUGGCAUCUACUUAAUAUGGACUCUUUUAGUUGUAGUAGGAAUUGGAUCUGUCUACUUCCAUGCAACCCUUAGUUUCCUGGGUCAGAUGCUUGAUGAACUUGCCAUCCUUUGGGUUCUGAUGUGUGCUCUGGCCAUGUGGUUCCCCAGAAGGUAUCUACCAAAGAUCUUUCGGAAUGACAGGGGCAGGUUCAAGGCGGUGGUCUGCGUCCUGUCUGCCGUUACAACAUGCCUGGCGUUUGUCAAGCCCGCCAUCAACAACAUCUCUCUGAUGACCCUGGGAGUUCCUUGCACUGCGCUGCUCAUUGCAGAGCUCAAGAGGUGUGACAACAUGCGUGUAUUUAAGCUGGGCCUCUUCUCGGGCCUCUGGUGGACCCUCGCCCUCUUCUGCUGGAUCAGCGACCGAGCCUUCUGUGAGCUGUUGUCGUCCUUCCACUUUCCCUACCUGCACUGUGUGUGGCACAUCCUCAUCUGCCUGGCCGCCUACCUGGGAUGCGUGUGCUUUGCCUACUUUGAUGCUGCAUCUGAGAUCCCCGAGCAAGGCCCCGUCAUCAAGUUCUGGCCCAGUGAGAAAUGGGCCUUCAUUGGCGUCCCCUACGUGUCCCUCCUGUGUGCCAAGAAAUCACCGAUCAAGAUCACGUGAUGGCAAGGGGGGGCCGGCCUCUCUGCUUCUUUUCCCUCCUGCACCAGGCUUCCUUCGCCAGCAGACAGCCAGGGGGGUUCGCAGACUCAGGGUGGGGUCUGUCUUUUUAAAAUUCUGUUUCCUUGGGCUCUAGCUAGUGUGUCUGUGGACUGUUAGGACUCCACUGUGCGUGGGGAGAAGCCAGUGUCUUCCCCUUUUCCAAAGAUGGAGAAUCGAGGGCUGAGAGGCACCGGGUGUACCUUCUCAGCAUCCCUUCCAGAUGCAGUGACUUGUUGGGCUGUGUCCUUGUGGCGAUGGCAGAGCAGUCCCUCAGGGGACCCAGUGCUCACAGUGCCUCGCUUCCUGGAGAGAGUUUGCCUGCUCCAGACCCCACCAUUCCCAUGCGCUUUCGGUGUGGACUCUCCUGCUGACAGACAGACCCUGCGACAGACAAGACCCUCUGACUGUCUGGUGGAAGAUGCCAGAGAUCUUCAUUUGGGGAUACCAUCAUCCUAAAACAAAACCAAACAAUGGAAGCACACACUGGGCUUGUGGCUAAGGAAGCUAGUUUUCCACUCACAGUUCUCAAUAACCCAGGUUUUAUGUGCAUUUGUGAAUCCUUUUACUACUACCUCUGCUGAGAGAUGGAGACUUGACUUCAGAUGAGGGUGAAGCUAAUGAGAAAAAC